UAAUGCUAAUUGUCUCUUUUUUUGAACUCUUAAGAAUAAUUUGCUUAUAUUUAUACUCCUAAAAAUCUUUGUUUAUAUAAUUUCCCUUAUUAAUCCUAACAACAACUGUAGUUAUAAUAUAAGGCUAAAUCGAAAGACCCUCAUGACAUGGCUAGCUAUGGGCCUAGACUAUGACGCUCAUUGUGUGCGUUAACCGUCCUAACUCCAAACCAUUUUAUACGGAGUAUCCAUACCCAAUAAUAAGAAGGAAAAUAAAAAAAAAUAAAAAACCAGACGGAAGAUUGACCAGAUUCCACCCGACCAUUCCAACCUGAGAGAAAUAGAUCGUCAAUCUCCCGGCGGUACGAUUUCCGGCGCCAAAUCUUGCCGUUUUCGCCACCGGAACCCUAAUUUCCAUUCUCUCUCCUCACCCCCUGUAUAACCCCAUCAAAAAAAAAAAAAAAAAAUUCAUUCCAGAAUAGAUGGAAAAGAAGCCAUCUGAAUUCGAAGAUCUAUCAUCAGUACAGGCAGUUUUAGUGGGUGCUUUAGCUCCUGGAGUCAAUGCUCCAACAUGGACUACAUUGAAAAUGGUGUUUGUGAUGCUGGGUGCUAGUCUAAUUUUGAUGCUUGUUCUGGGUUUUACUUCUAGUGAUACUGCUUUGAUUCUUCAUGUUGGGUUCCUUGUUCUUAUCACUCUCACCUUAUUUUUAUUGCUGACAAGUUUUCUCGAACAAACGGGUCUAGUUUCAGUUGAACAUCAAAUGCAAGAAAUGGGCUUGGUGCCUAAGGAUAUCAAAACAAGCCCAAAAACCGAGUAAGAAAGAGAGCAAUUUCAACCAUGUUAUGUGACAGUUAAGAGCAAACAAUUGAGAAGAACAGAUCUUUUCAAACGAUCAGAUUUUUUUUUCCCAUUGUAAUUUCGAUGACAACAUACAGUACUUCAUACAUCUUACAGAAGAAGUGAAAAGGAAGUUGGCCCUACGGCUUCUCAAUACAUGACAGAAAGUUGAAGGUGCUCACUCGUCAUAUUGUCGCUUCUUCAAUUGAUCCCUUCUGGACUUCAUGUAAUAGGAACACGAGCACUAUUGGCAUUGCAGCAUAAACUUCAUCCUCCAUCUACGCUUCUGCUAUAAAGUUUUUAUAGGACAAAUGGACAACACUAUAAUUUUUGUUCCUCUUUCUAGGAUUAUAUACCUAUUCGUUUUGUUUUUUUUUUUUUUUUUUUUUUUUUGAAACAUAUUCACAUAUACCUAUUCGUUGAUAAGAAGGACGCAUGGCUUCCUAAUCAUAAGGGGCACCAUGAUUUGCUUUGCCAUUCAUUUUAGGUCAUGUACUCCGUAAUUUUUUUUUGUAAGAAAUCAAAAUGCCAAAUAAUAAAGAAGAGUAAGGAGUUUCCUAUUUUUA